GUCUCACUUUCGUGGUGCCAUGGGGACCCUCCCCCGGUGACUCCACCGCCACAAGUGAAAUCUUGUGGUCGUCAAAAACUACAAUUAGAGAACAAAACCACAAGUACGAACUGCUAAAACAAUUAUUUUACUUCAUCUUCUCUUCCUCUGCCUGACAGAGUACAAGACAAAGAAGGUCCUCUUGAACAUUACCUAUGGCUAGUCUAUCUGCUUCUCAUUUUGUCAUAAAGAGGUGUCAUAUAAAUGACGAAGCGAAUGUGUCGCAGCCCAUAGUGACAUUAUCGAAAAAUAAUAGCUUGAGUAAUCACGUCGGGUUAUGGUUGAACAAGUUGGACAUGCUAAAGCUGAGAAGUAAGGCUACUGCAAGGAAAGUGAGUAACAGUACGUCUGAGAAUUCCAAGCAAUUCGGAGUUAUCAAAUGUGGGGUCGGAAUGAAUUUGAUUUUUGUCGGAACUGAGGUUGGUCCAUGGAGCAAAACUGGUGGACUCGGUGACGUUCUUGGUGGACUGCCACCAGCCAUGGCAGCCAAUGGGCACCGUGUCAUGACCAUCUCACCACGAUACGACCAGUACAAGGAUGCUUGGGAUACAAACUUUGUUGUUCAGGUGAAAGUUGGGGAUAGAAUCGAAACUGUUCGCUACUUCCACUGCUACAAACGAGGAGUUGAUCGUGUUUUUGUGGAUCACCCAAUGUUCCUGGAGAAGAUAUGGGGGAAAACUGGGUCAAAACUCUAUGGUCCCCAGGCAGGGGAUGAUUAUGAAGAUAACCAACUUCGUUUCAGCUUGUUUUGCCAGGCAGCUAUAGAAGCACCGCGGUUGUUAAGUCUCAAUACUAGCAAAUACUUUUCAGGACCAUAUGGUGAGGAUGUUAUCUUCAUUGCUAAUGAUUGGCACACUGCUCUUGUUCCUUGCUAUCUGAAAAGUAUUUACAAGGCUAGAGGGAUCUAUAAAAACGCCAAGGUAGCUUUCUGCAUUCACAACAUUGCCUACCAAGGGAGAUUUGCAAUUGCAGAUUUUUCACUUCUAAAUCUUCCAGACCAGUUCAAGAGAUCUUUUGAUUUUAUUGAUGGAUAUGACAAACCUGUGAAAGGAAGGAAGAUUAACUGGAUGAAGGCUGGCAUAUCAGAAUCAGACAGGGUUGUAACUGUGAGCCCAUACUAUGCUGAGGAACUUGUAUCCGGCGUGGAGAAAGGUGUGGAAUUAGAGAACAUACUUCGGAUGACUGGAAUCAUCGGAAUUGUAAAUGGCAUGGAUGUGCAAGAGUGGAAUCCAUCUACAGACAAAUACAUCAAUGUCAAAUUUGAUGCUACCACUGUGACGGAUGCAAAGCCUCUUUUGAAGGAAGCCCUGCAAGCCGAAGUUGGGUUGCCUGUUGAUAGGAAUAUCCCUGUAAUAGGCUUCAUUGGUAGACUUGAAGAGCAGAAAGGUUCAGACAUUCUUGCAGCAGCCAUUCCAUACUUUAUUCAAGAGAAUGUCCAAAUAAUUAUCCUUGGCACCGGUAAAAAACACAUGGAGGAACAGAUAAUGCAACUUGAAACACUCUAUCCCAGCAAGGCCCGAGGAGCGGCAAAAUUCAAUGUUCCUCUAGCGCAUAUGAUCAUAGCUGGGGCUGAUUUUAUAUUGGUCCCCAGUAGAUUCGAGCCAUGUGGUCUGAUUCAGUUGCAUGCAAUGCGAUAUGGAACAGUUCCAAUUGUUGCUUCAACUGGUGGACUUGUGGACACGAAAGAAGGUUAUACAGGUUUUCAAAUGGGUGCCUUAAGCGUUGAGUGUGAUAAAGUUGAUCCUGAGGACGCAAUCGCAGUGGCAAAAACAGUGAACAGGGCACUUGCUGUCCAUGGUACCUGUGCUUUGGUAGAAAUGAUACAGAAUGGCAUGCGUCAGGAUCUCUCAUGGAAGGGACCUGCAAAGAAGUGGGAGAAGUUGCUGUUGAACUUGGGGGUUCCUGGAAGUGAACCUGGAAUUGAAGGAGAGGAAAUUGCUCCUCUAGCCAAGGAAAAUAUUGCCACUCCAUAAUGUGAGCAACUAAAAUUUAAUCCACUGAUGAAGCGCCGCGACUAACAUACUAGCUGCAUUCUCAGCUAGUGCUAUCAAUAUAGAGGUGCAAAAUAAGGAAUGCAUGAUACGUGCUAGCAAGAAGAAUUUGUUACAAUGCUUGACCUAAAAACUAAAGAACCCAUGAUUCAAGAAAGUGGAGAAUUCCGCAGGUUCAUCAGAAUUCUUCAAUAUAUAUAAAAUUUCAAGCACAACUACUGGCCUACACAUUAAGCAUUUUCCCUAUUCCAAUAAAAUUUUUGUACAAAUUACUUUGUUUA